AUGGCUACAGACAUAAUUGAGCUCUCUGUACCCCUCCCCCGCUCUCUAGACACCCGCAUCUACCUCCGCCUUUCCACCAAAGCAAAGUCCAUUGUGCUAUUCCUUACAACAGCGACACAAGACGAGCUCGCUGCUCCUGUCUCUAUGGGUUCUUUUGUCUACGCCCUGCCCAACCGACUUGACCAGGCACAGCCAUUAUCUACCACGCUCUAUUCUUCAGAGGCAUCAGUGGAGUUUACAACACGCUUGGCGAAGCUUUUGGCUCGGAAAUCACAGCUCCCGGUGUACGUCACUAACUCGAUUAGUUUUGCUAAUGCGGGCAUGGGAGGCACGGUGGAAGAGGAGAUGGAGGCCUUCAAGAACAUUGCUCAGGUUGUGUCAGAGAGGCUACAGCUAUCGGGCCCCAGGUCAACGGCAGCCUGA